AGCCAAUAAGAAGGCGGCCGUGCCUUGUGUGAGUGCGCGCGCGCCCUGCUUCUUUCCCUGCCUGUUUCGCACUCCCAGAGGCGGAUUCGGUGGAGUUAGUGUGCUGCGUGGCUGUCUGAUCUUUUGAGCCCGCCCAGAACACUUAAGCUUUGCUUGGUGAAGCUAUAUAAUAUUGGUUUUAUUCACAAAUCUAACAAUAAUGGAGACUGAACAGCAAGAGGAGACCUUUACUAAUACAGAAACUAAUGGCAAACGUCCUGCUGAAGAUAUUGAAGAGGAACAGGCCUUCAAAAGGUCUAGGAAUACUGAUGAGAUGGUGGAAUUACGCAUUCUGCUUCAGAGCAAAAAUGCUGGAGCAGUGAUUGGAAAAGGUGGCAAAAACAUUAAAGCACUUCGUACAGACUACAAUGCCAGUGUUUCAGUCCCAGACAGCAGUGGCCCCGAGCGCAUACUGAGUAUAAGUGCAGAUAUUGAAACUAUUGGAGAAAUUUUGAAGAAAAUUAUUCCUACUUUGGAAGAGUAUCAACAUUACAAAGGAAGUGACUUUGACUGUGAGUUAAGGCUGUUGAUUCACCAGAGUUUGGCUGGAGGAAUAAUUGGUGUCAAAGGAGCUAAAAUUAAAGAACUUCGAGAGAACACUCAGACCACCAUUAAGCUAUUCCAAGAAUGUUGCCCUCAUUCUUCUGACAGAGUGGUACUAAUUGGUGGAAAGCCUGAUAGAGUUGUGGAAUGCAUCAAAAUAAUAUUGGAUCUUAUAUCAGAGUCACCAAUCAAAGGACGUGCACAGCCUUACGAUCCAAAUUUCUAUGAUGAAACAUAUGAUUAUGGUGGAUUUACAAUGAUGUUCGAUGACAGAAGGGGACGUCCUGUGGGCUUUCCAAUGCGUGGCAGAGGGGGCUUUGAUCGAAUGCCCCCAGGGCGUGGUCGCCCCAUGCCUCCCCGAAGAGAUUAUGAUGACAUGAGUCCUCGCAGAGGUCCUCCUCCUCCUCCUCCAGGUCGUGGUGGUAGAGGUGGUAGCAGAGCACGCAAUCUUCCUCUUCCUCCUCCUCCUCCUCCCAGAGGCGGGGACCUUAUGUCUUACGAUCGAAGGGGCAGACCUGGUGAUCGCUAUGAUGGAAUGAUGAUGCAAUGUCAUGUUAAUGCUUGUGAUGACAUAGAAACACCAGAAAUGUUUGAGGGUGGAUCAGGAUAUGAUUAUUCUUAUGCAGGGGGUCGUGGCUCCUACGGCGAUCUUGGAGGACCCAUUAUUACAACACAAGUAACAAUACCCAAAGAUCUGGCUGGCUCUAUUAUUGGAAAAGGAGGCCAGAGGAUUAAACAGAUACGCCAUGAAUCAGGAGCUUCAAUCAAAAUUGAUGAACCCUUAGAGGGCUCAGAAGAUCGGAUAAUAACUAUUACAGGCACACAGGACCAGAUUCAAAAUGCACAGUAUUUACUGCAAAACAGUGUGAAGCAGUAUGCAGAUGUUGAAGGAUUCUAAUGCAAGAUAUUUUUUCUUUUUUAUAGUGUGAAGCAGUAUUCUGGAAAGUUUUUCUAAGACUAGUGAAGAACUGAAGGAGUCCUGCAUCUUUUUUUUUUCUUAAAUCUGCUUCUGUUUAAAAAGCCAACAUUCCUCUGCUUCAUAGGUGUUCUGCAUUUGAGGUGUAGUGAAAUUUUUGCUGUCACCAGAUGUAAUGUUUUAGAUCUUUACAUAUUAGGUGGGUGGGAGUGGGGUGGCUUGCGAAACUAACAUUGGUAUUUUGAAACAGCAGCAGAGAAGGUGAAUUUUAUUUUUGUUCUAUGUUGGUUGUAAACUGUAAUGUUUUUUCUGUCAUUUGUGAACCAUCCGCUUUAUACUUUUUUCUUUGUUUUGAACAAGAGUUGGGGAAGAAAGUACUGGUUGGUAGUCCAUUUACCUGGCAUCCAUUCAAAGCAGUGUGCAGAAUGUAAUGCUCUUUUGUAAGAUGUUUUAUGAUUUUAAAAAUAAAUUUAGUGAACCAA